UGCUCCCAACAUUCUCUUUUUGCUGGUAUAUUAAUGGAAUUUACAUAUCACCAGUAAAAAAAAAAAAGGUACAGUGACGUAUAUGUUGAUACAACUGACUAAUUAGAGAUGGAAAUGCGGUCUUGUGAAUCCUUGAUAGGGAGAGAACAUGAACAUAUAGGCACCUUCACCCACUAUAUUUAAGAAGAUAUGUAGUUUUAAAAAAGCAUGCACAUGAAACUAUUUCUGGAUGUAUUGAAACGUAGAUGCUAGACAUUAUGGUUUCUGUCUUUGCUGUUCAAUGCUUAUUACGCUCACCUUGUAAGACCCAAAAGUGGUACUGGUACCAGCUCAUUUUUUUUUCCAGUAAUUACCAGUAAAAGGUUGGUGACCAGUUCCUGUAGACCUGCUCCCAUAAUCUCUUAUAUUUCUAGUUUAUGAGAGGUCGCUAAGUGCUCUUGAGUCCUGUCUUGAGAUUUUUCUGAAGUGUUGAAAUUUUGCUGUCUUCUCUUGUUCAUGAUGUUAUUUAUUACAUUAUCAACCUUGGUGCAGAUUACGAGUGCUGGAUCUCAAGAGGGCGAGGCAAUGGAAAUUUUGAGGAAAAAAAGAGACAAGUUCCCUGGUUUUUCCUAUGAGGAAACUGUUCAGGUAAAAGGAAAGGAAGUUCUCAUAUUCCAUUCACCUUCCGUUCCAUUGUUGAGAAGCUUUUUCUUUCUCUUCAAAUUCGUGCUACUUGUGGAAUUCCAGUCUCUUGGCUAUACACUGGCUGCAGUUUCUGCACUCCAAUCUGUUCUGGAAGAGGAUUUCAAGACUAGUGAAAUUGAGGUUGGUGUUGUGAGGAAAGAAGAUCUCCUCUUUAGAGUGUUAAACUACCGAGGAAAUUGAUGAGCACUUUGCUGCUAUUCAAGAAGAAGGAAGUGCCACUGAUUAG